AUGGCACGAAUUGCUUCAUAUCUGGAUCAGUUGAAUCCCCAUGUACCCACAACACAUUUCAAUUUCCGCUAUUUCGAGGUGGAUUUGGGCGACGGGAAGACGAUGUGGUGGUUCGGUGGUGGCAGCGAUCUGACACCUUAUUUUCUUAAUGACGAGGAUGCGCACCACUUCCAUUCUGAGCUCAAGAAGGCUUGCGAUCGUCACCAGCCCGGAUGGUACGAAAGGUUUAAACAACAGUGUGACGACUACUUUAUAAUUAAGCAUCGUAGUGAGUUAUACACCCUUUGCACCUUUCAAUUCUUUUUGUAA